AUGGCAGACGCCGUCGCGGCGCUGUUUGCGUUCGAGCAGGACGCUGCGGACGCGGCCAAGGCGCUUGCAGCGCUGCAGACAGUAGAAGCACGCCAUGUGCCAAAAGUAGCUGGGAUUUUUGCGCGCGAGGCGCACAAAAAUACAGCCUCGCUCCUGCGUGCGCUCGUUGUGCUCGGCGCGCUGAGCCUUGUCAACCCCGCGACGGCACUCGACGUGAUGAAAGAGGGUGCAUUGCUGCACACGCUUGUCAGCGUAUCCAACACUCCAGAGACAAGCUGUGCGAUGGCACACGCGCUCGCGGAGGCAUCCUCAGACGUGCACGUCCGCACAUGGCUCGCACAGACGCCGUUUGUGACCGAGUGGCUCGCGCCGCGCACGUCGCUUGCCAAGUUCCAAGAGGUGGGCCAGGUGCAAGCAUGUGCCGAUCUUGCAUGGAUAAAACUGGCUAUGCAAACCAACGACAAGACGAAAAAAGCAUUGUCGCUGUCGGAACAGGAUACCACAACCUUGUACACGGCGCUGCGCGAUUUCUUCGUGAGUGACGGUGCGCAAGUGCAAGCCCCCAAGCCCCUGCUUGCAUUCCAUGAAGCGCGUGCGGCGCGCGAUGAUGCGCUGGAAGGAAUGUACUACCUCCUCUUCAUGCCUGCCUUGCGCAAUACCUUUUGUCACGACGCGCCCAUGCUGGCGGCAAUGGUGCGCAUCUUGACACUUCAGACCAGUGCUGACGGCGAUAGUGCACUUGCGUUUGUUCUUGUCUCCAUGCUAGCGACUCUUGUGGCGUAUCCUGCAAAACGCACCGCCGAGCAGCAGCGCGCCGAAGCGCUGCGCCGCGCCGCAUCCAAUCAGGCAGACGACCCGCUGCUCGCUCCAGAGCAGGUAUCGCUUCGUGUGCGAGCACUCGUCCAUGCCGGUAUUGUUGCACCGCUUGUACCGCUCACUGUACGUGCCGUGCGUAUAGAAAGUGCACUGCGCGACCAGCUCGCAGGCCUCUUUCUCUCGCUGGUCACGCCGCAGGACAGCAAAUUCCGCGGCUUGCUACUGCAGCAAGGCGUCGGACGCGCGCUGUUGCUGCUUUCACAAACAGCGCACCAUACACUGCGCAAGCCUGCACCGCCGAACUAUGCGCUUCUUCCUCUGCAAGCACUCGCCAAACUGACCAUCACUGCCGAUCCACGGCUCAUGUAUCAUGCGCAAGGCACGCCGUUGCUCGCUGUGCAGUGCCUCGCGAGCCUGUACUUUGCUCCACACGCCACCUUGCUCCAGUUCUUUGAGGCCGUCAUGGCGCUCACGAACAUGAGCAGCAUGGAUGAGCCCAUGGCUGGUGUUGUAGCGCGCGCAGUGUCUCCGUUUCCCGAUGCAGACGGUGCCAAUAUCAGCGACUCGCUUCUCUCCAACCUCCUCUUGCACGACGAGCCGAUGGUGCGCAAAGCACUUGUCGAGCUCCUGUGCAACCUCGUGCAGGACCCACACGUGUUUGCAUACUGGGCGGGCGAAGGCACAAGCGCGGCCGACGACAUAUCCACCGCCACCAUUCAUUUGCAAACCGCCCAAGGCCGCCUCCGUUUUCUCGUCUCGCUCUGCGAGGGCGAUAUUGGCCUGGCUGCGAGUGGGACGCUGGCGUGCUUGACCAGCGCUGUGUCUGCGUGCCAGUACCUGGUGCGGAUGCCCACCAGCUCGCUCGAGACGCUUGCCGAGCUGCUCGGCGCCUCGGAACAGCUUGCGCUGCGUGGCUUUGCCAUUUUGUACAACCUUGUACAGUACGCCGCAUCGCUCGCCCCCAACCCCGACGGCCUUUCCAAGUGCGAGGCCCUCGGCGCCCUUCACGACGCGCGCUUUUUCAGCGCGACCAAGGCGUUUGUCGCGCGGCAUGCCGCGCCGCAAAACGCCGCCCUCCCCACUGCCCAAGCAUUGGCCAUGGCUCUGGAUAUACUCAAGCUAGCAGACGCAUAG